AUGAAGUACCCAAAGGGCGCGGCGCGGCUGGCGCAGCGGUGUGCCGUCGCCACGUGGCUCUGUAUCGUCACCGUCGCUGUUUCGUAUGGAGCGGCGGAGCCCACCGCUGUGUACAUCGUGCGGUUGCGCGACCUUCCGCCGAUCUCCGCGUAUCGCGGCGGAAUCGCCGGUUACCCCGCGACGAUACCUCCUUUCGCCGCCACCACCGCCUCCGCCGCCGCUGCCGUGAAGGCCACCGCGGCGGCGUCAGGGUUGCGCAACAUGCGCCAAUCGCUGCGCCGGUGGUUCCGCCGGCGGAACCCAAACAUCCGCCUUCCGCACGUGCAGGCGUUUGCGCGGCUUCUAGGGGAAGCGCAAGCGGCCGUCGCGAAGAAAGCGGGAAUCCCGACGAACAGAAUGCUGUACAGCUACAAGUAUCUGAGCAACGGAUUCGCUGCAAUGCUGACGGCCGCGCAAGUCGACCAGCUGCGGAAAACCGCCGCUGUGGCGGAAGUGCGGCGGAGCCUCCCCGUCCGCCCCGCGGGGCAGGUGUCCUCACCAGCUCGCCGCUUGUUAACUCCCGCCGAAGCGGGAAGCGCAGAAUCAGCGGGAAUAGCAAUCGCGGCGGGGAAGCCCGCGCCUGGGGGGACUCCCGCGCCCGGGGGAAAUCCCGCGCCCGGGGGAAAACCCCCGGGAACUCCCGGGUCUGGGGGGACGCCCGCGCCUGGGGGGACGCCCGCGCCUGGGGAGACACCCGCUCCUGGGGGGACGCCCGCGCCUGGGGGGACGCCCGCGCCUGGGGGGACGCCCGCGCCUGGGGGGAUGCCCCCGCCUGUGGGGACAUUCUCGCCUGGGGGAACGCCCAUGCCUGGGGGGACACCCGCGCCUAUGGGAAAGUCCCCGCCGCCCGCGCCUACGGGGAAGCCCGCGGAUGGGGGCGGCGCGGGUGGGGGGAGCGGAAAAACGGGGACUUCACAGGACAGCCUGUUGAAGCCGCCGCUGGAGCUGUGGGCGGCAAACGGGGGGGAGGAGAGCGCGGGGGAGGACGUGAUAAUCGGGGUGAUCGACAGCGGGAUCUGGCCCGAACACCCCUCGUUCAGCGACAAUGACACGAACCCGUACGGCCCGCCGCCGGCCACGUGGCAGGGCAGGUGCGACGCGUCAGCGGACUUCCCCGCGUGCAACGGCAAGGUGAUCGGGGCGCGCUUCUUCAUCGACUCGUUCGACAACAACGGUCGCCAGCUCAACACCGCCGUUGACUUCCGCUCGCCGCGCGACGUGGACGGCCAUGGCUCCUGGUGUGCUGGCGCGGCAGCAGGCAACAGCAACGUCCCCGUCGUGUCCAGCACAGGCAAGCGCUUCGGCACCGUCUCCGGCAUGGCGCCGCGCGCGCGCAUCGCCGUCUACAAGGUCUUCUGGCUGCAAAGAGACGGCUCACUCAUCGCGGAACAAGCAGACAUCGAAGCAGCAGUGAACCAAGCGGUGGAGGAUGGGGUUGAUGUCCUCAGCAUGUCUUUUGUCAGUGACGUAGAGACCAGUUAUUUCGACGACCGGAUCUACCUCCGCGCGAAUCAGGUCGGCGUCGUGCCGAUUUUCGCCGCCGGGAACGCCGGCCCGCCGCCCGGCUACUCGGCGUAUCGCACUCUGUAUAAUUAUUCUCCGUGGUACCUCACUGUGGGGGCUGGCAACCUCGCGCAGCAGUACCAGACGCAGAUCACUCUCGGGAACAAGGUGGUGGUUCUAGGCGCCGGGCUCGGCGGUAACUCAGUAACCGCAAAGGGGCUUCCGUUGAUCGACGGCCGGUCUGCACCUGGGGACGUGGCGAGUCUCGACGAAGCAGAGCUGUGCUUUCCAGGCUGUCUGGACCCGGCUAAAGUAGCGGGCAAGAUUGUGAUGUGCCUGCGCGGCGGAGUGUAUUUGUUCGAGAAGGCCCGCGUGGUGGUGGCGGCGGGCGGCCUGGGGGUUAUUUUCGUGAAUGACCCUACUGGGAGCUCGGACGUGUAUUCGUCGGUUUCGGCAGCCACGAUCCCCACGGUGCAUCUUACAGCGGCACAGGGGGCAGUGAUUCGCACGUACAUCAAGAAAACCAAGCACUUUAGGCUCAUUAUUCUCCUCUCCCCCUCUGCUCCCGUGCUCUUCUGCUGUGUGUCACGUCACCCGCUCAGGCCUACAGCAGCCAUGGCAGCAGACUGUGUGUUCGCCAAGUCCACCAUCUCCCCACCCGCCGUAGCAGCCUUCUCCUCCACAGGACCCCCUCUAGACCCCAUGGCUGACUCAGUCCCAGGUGGCCCCAUCAACGAUAUCCUCAAGCCGGACAUUCUCAGCCCGGGAGUGGAGCUCUGGUCGGCCGUUGCCGGCGAUGUUAACGAUAAGACGAAGCCGGCGUUUGAUUUGCUGUCGGGGACGUCCAUGGCCACGCCGCUUGUCGCGGGGGUUGCUGCGCUGCUCGUGCAGAAAUUCCCCACGUGGACGCCCGCGCAGGUCAUGUCCGCGAUACAGACGACUGCGAACCCGAAUAACGACGCCGGGAAGCCGAUCACGACGGAUAAGGGGGUUGUUGCAACCCCCUGGGAGACGGGAGCGGGGACGGUGAGUGCUGCGAGGUUGGUGGAUCCUGGGCUCACGUAUAAUGCGGGCCUGCAAGACUACAUGAAUUUUCUGGCCGGGCAGAGCAAGUACAGGACCUCGGUGUUGUGGCCUAAGGAAGUGGUGACUCCCACUCCCGCGUACAAUUUGAACCUUCCGGCGUUGGUGUUUUCUCGGGUGAACGGCACGCGGGUUGCCGUGCGGACUGUGAUCAACGUUGCUACAAGUGCGUCGACGUAUAAAGCCAAGGUGGUACCUCCUGCUGGGGUGCAAGUUACCGUUUUUCCAAGCCAGUUCUCUGUGAACCCUGGAGAAUCCAAGACUUUCACAGUGACCGUGUUGAUUUCCAAGCCUUCUACAAAGUUUGCCUUUGGAAGCUUGACAUGGGAGGAUGAGCUGGGGCAUAAGGUGCGCUCUGUGUUGGCCGUGCAAUCACGCCUUGUGCUGAAGAAGAAAUAG